CCACCACCCUAGCGCAAGAAUAUACCCUCUUCGCCCGUCUUCUUCGACCUCAACGAGUAGCAAGCCUGCUUCUUUCUCCAAUCCCUCGCAUCCACCGAACCAAAUAAACACCAACAAAAUGGUUUCUGUCCCUCAGAUCGCACUCCGCGGAUGGGAGUUCCUAUGGACCCUCAUUACCAUGGCAUUGAUUGGCAAUGUCAUCGCAACAGCAUUUGCCGGUAACCCAUCAAGCAUCAACUACGCCAUCUUCGUGACAGUGUGGGACAUGUUAGUCGUCCUAUUCGGCAUAGGCGCAGCCUUUAUGGAUAUCUCAGCAGCCGGUAUCAUCUUGGCUGUUGGCGAUAUCAUUGCUGCUCUCCUCACAUUCAUCGCUGGUGUGGUUCUUGCUGCCAAGUUGGGCGUACACAGCUGCAGCAACGGUGGAUACACUUCCACAAACCAUCUUACGAACGGCUCCCACGACACGGGAAAGCGAUGCCGAGAGCUCCAGGCUAGCACUGCUUUCUUCUGGUUCCUCCUACCCGCAUUUGCCAUUUCUGCAUUCCUCUCUUUCAAGAACUCAGGAGGCUCGUCGUCAAUGAGAGGUGGUAUCCGCAGAGGUGGGCCAUCCAUGUCCCAAGUCUAAAUGACAAGUAGAGACAACAUCGAUGGACCUCAUGUAUGAUGCGGGCAUCUUGACAAACUGGUGGAAGGUGAAGAUCCACGACCUGCAUAGUAACGAAAUUAAAAUACACGAAGUGUUGGAUACCUGGGUUGGGAACAGCUUGCAAUGCAGGAAAGGAAAGGCAAGGCGUUCGUUUGUAUGAGUAUUUGGCUUACAAUCAGC